CCUCCCAGCCGUAUAUCAACGCAAACUUUUAGAAACUUCGAUCUCUAUAUAGUCUCCAUGCAUAAACUUUCCCAACUACAACUUUUCAUCGCCCAAUUCCUAACUCUUUUGUUAGGAUUGGUGCAUGCUGCCCCACCAACAUCAUGUUCCCAAACACCAUUUCCUGAGGUAUGCAUCCAUUUCUUAGAUACUGCUGUAAACCUUGAAGAAAUUACCAAGCUUUCGUUCCGUGACCUUGUCCUUAAGGUCACCAUGGACCAAGCUGUCCGAGCACACCAUCUAGUCUCAACCAUGGACUUUGGUUCAUUUGAUGAACGAGCUAAGUUGGCUUGGACCGACUGUCAGGAGCUUUAUGAGGACUCGGUUCACCAGCUUAAUCGUUCUAUGAGCUCCAAUGAUCCAGUGGACACCCAAACAUGGUUAAGUGCAGCAAUUGCGAACCAUCAAACAUGCCAAAACGGCUUCAUUGAUUUUAACAUGUCGUUUUAUAAUCUACCAUCCAUGUUAGGCAACUUCUCCAAGUUAGUACGCAACUCUCUGGCCAUAAACAAGGCCGCUGCGGCCCCAACUGGCCUGAGAUCAAUAAAAUCAGACGGCAGAGCUCGACGCUUGCUUUCCGAUGGAUUCCCGGAAUGGGUUUCAUCAGCUGACAGGAAACUCCUACAGACUGGUGAGGCAGCGGCAGGGGCAGAUUUGGUGGUUGCGCAAGACGGGUCUGGUAACUUCAAGACCAUAACCGACGCUCUGGACGCAGCUACUAAAAUGAGAAGUGGGUCAAAGAGAUUUAUCAUACAUGUUAAGAAGGGUGUUUACAAUGAAAACAUUAAAGUUAAGAAGACAAUGAGGAAUAUAAUGUUUGUUGGGGAUGGAAUCAGUGCAACGGUUGUUACUGGCAGCAAGAAUCAACAAGACGGCUCAACCACUUUCAGUUCUGCAACUUUUGGUAAAGUUCAUUGACUUAAACCUCAAAAAUUACUGCAUUUUUAAUUAAAGGGAGUCAAACAAAAUCAGUUCAUCAGAUUAUAUUAUUAUCAAACUCAUAUUUAUAAAGAAAAUUAAUUUAA